AUGGCUCCACCAAGCGUGGCCCCGGGCUCCAAGCUCGCAGAGAAACCCGUCGCCAACUCGUCCAAGACAAUUGCGAAGAAGCAGAAGAAGACGAGCUACAAGUCCGAUGGCGUCAAGGACAAUGACGUCUUUCUGCUUCCCGGCACAGACUACCAGAUUGUUGUCGCUCUGACCAUUCUCGCCGCCAUUGUGCGCCUGUUCCGCAUCUACCAGCCCUCCAGCGUCGUCUUCGACGAGGUCCACUUCGGUGGCUUCGCGUCGAAAUACAUCAAGGGAAAAUUCUUUAUGGAUGUCCAUCCACCUCUCGCCAAGAUGCUUAUCGCGUUGACCGGCUGGCUCGCUGGCUUCGAUGGCAACUUCGACUUCAAGGAGAUUGGCAAGGACUACGUUGAGCCUGGCGUACCCUACGUGGCCAUGCGCAUGUUCCCUGCCAUCUGCGGCAUCCUUCUCGCGCCCGCCAUCAUCAAGUGGGUUGGCCUCUUCACCAUUGCCUGGGUCGGCAGCUUGACGCUGGUCCAGCUGUGGGUUCUGCUCGGCGACACCAAGACGGUCACUCUGCGCAUCUGGUUCAAGCACUUCUUCGCCCGGGUCUUCUGCCUCAUCGUCAUUCCUCUGACUUUCUACCUGGCCAUGUUCGCCAUUCACUUUGUGUGCCUCGUCAACCCUGGCGACGGCGACGGCUUCAUGAGCUCCGAGUUCCAAUCGACCCUCAACAACAAGGGCAUGAAGGAUGUAGCGGCCGAUGUCAUCAUGGGUAGCCGCGUCAGCAUUAGGCACGUCAACACACAGGGCGGUUACUUGCACUCGCACCCCUUGAUGUACCCCACCGGCAGCAAGCAGCAGCAGAUCACCCUGUACCCCCACAAGGAUGACAACAACGUCUGGAUGCUGCAGAACCAAUCGCAGCCUCUUGAUAUCAAUGGCCUGGCGAUCAACGGCACCAAUGCUUGGGAUGACCUGGACCCCAUCUACAUCAAGAACGGCGCCGUCCUUCGCCUGUACCACACUCAGACCAACCGACGUCUCCACUCCCACGAUGUCCGCCCUCCUGUCACCGAGGCUGACUGGCAGAACGAAGUCUCUGCCUACGGAUACGAGGGUUUCGACGGUGAUGCCAACGAUUACUUCCGCGUCGAGAUCGUCAAGAAGCAGUCUAUCAGUGCUGUCGCCAAGGAGCGUCUCCGCACCAUCGAGACCAAGUUCAGGCUCGUUCACGUCAUGACCGGUUGCGUUCUCUUCUCGCACAAGGUCAAGCUCCCCGACUGGGCUUCCGAGCAGCAGGAGGUCACCUGCGCCAAAGGUGGUACCCUUCCCAACAGCCUGUGGUACAUUGAGGCCAACCAGCAUCCCAAACUCGGAGAAGAUGUCGAGAAGGUCAACUACCGUCACCCUGGCUUCUUCGGCAAGUUCUGGGAGCUGCAGCGCGUCAUGUGGAAGACCAACGCUGGCCUCGUCGAUUCUCACGCCUGGGACUCCCGUCCCGAGGCCUGGCCCGUCCUGAAGCGAGGCAUCAACUUCUGGGGCAGGCAGAACCGCCAGAUUUAUCUCCUCGGCAACCCCGUCGUCUGGUGGAGCUCUACUCUGGCCAUCGCCGUAUACGUUCUCUUCAAGGCGUUUGCCAUUCUUCGCUGGCAGCGCAACUGCGGUGAUUACUCCAACACCAUUUUCAAGCGUUUUGACUACGAGAUCGGAACCUCCGUUCUCGGCUGGGCUUUCCACUAUUUUCCUUUCUACCUCAUGGCUCGUCAGCUUUUCCUGCACCACUACUUCCCUGCUCUUUACUUUGCCGUCAUUGCCUUCUGCCAGAUCUUCGAUUUUUUCACUGCCCGACUUCCCAUCUUCCAGAAGAACACUAUUGUCAACAAGGCCGGCGCCGUCAUUUUCCUCGCUCUGACCGUCGUCGUCUUUGUUCUCUUCUCUCCCCUUGCCUAUGGCAACCAGUGGACCAAGGCCGAGUGCAACCGUGUCAAGCUUUUCGGCACUUGGGACUUUGACUGCAACACCUUCCCCACGGACUAUGCUCAGUACUCGCAGACUGCAACCGUCUCUUCCGCCGGCGCCGAGCAGACGCCUUCAAAGCCUUCGAAGAAGAAGUCCAAGAAGCCCAAGGCCGCCAAGGGCGCUGUCGUUGAGAACGAAGCGGCAGACGCCCAGAAGCCCCUCGAGAACGUCAACGAGGAGGCUGUUUCGGGCGCCGCAGAGAUCCCCGCGGAUCGCAUCGUGGCCCGUGAGGAGCGCAUCGAGUACCGCGACCAGGACGGCAACCUGCUCGACGACGAGCAGGUCAAGGCUCUCGAGGGCAAGGUCGAGUUCAAGACCAAGUACGAGACGCGCACUCGCGUCGUCGACGAAAACGGCAACGAGGUGCAAGUCCCCGGCGAGGAGGCCGGCGUCGUUGCCCCCCCUCACCCUGACGUUGAGGGCGUCGACCCUGAGACGAAGCAGAAGGUCGCGGACGCCGACUCCAAGGUGCCUGAGGCUGCCGAGAGCGUCAAGGGCGAGCGUGAGGCCGAGCAGAAGAAGCCCAAGCCCGCCAGUGAGGGUGGCAAGGAGGCCACCGUCAAGGAGGAGCUGUGA